AUGCCAAGAGCUGAAAUUCCCGGGUAUUACUUUGAUGAGACGAGGAACAAAUACUUCAAGAUAACGAAUGGAAGUUUAAUAGGCAACAGUAAAUAUCACAGUAAUAAGAUUCAGUCGAAGAAGAGAAGGAUUAAUAAUGAUGCUGUUAAAAAGAAAUCUAAGCUUAAUACUCUAGUAGUAAAUUCUAUGAAUUUAAAGACUAGAUUAGACGUGAUAAACGUUAAACUAGGAUCAGCGUUGUUUUUAAAGGAUAUUUCAUACCUUAGGUUUGAGGUGCUUCGGCGAUAUCAAGGACCAUUGAAAAAUUUACAGUUUGGAAACGUGGAAGUUUUUGGAAGCAUUAAUGAUGGAUUAUUGGUGAAGGAAAGAGACCUAUCUCUCAAGGUUGUUUCCUUGAAGAAUUUUUUGCAAAGUAAUAUGCAUCUGCACUUAAUUAUCAGAGACUCUCGCAUAGAAGAUUAUUAUCAACGAUUAUAUAGAAUUGAUUCACAACUAAAGACUCCAAAAAUUACAAAUUGUGCAGUACAUUCUGAAACAGUUUUCCGUACUAUAGUUUUAAAGGAAGAAAACCUGGCAUCUCGUGCUAACUUUAUACAACUUGAUUCCUUAUCUGAGAAUGGUUCUCGAACAGAUUUAACUAUCAACCUUUUAAGAAGUGCUGAUCAACUUCUGAGCUCCGAUGCAAAAAAUGUUCUUUUGAAAGUCUUUGGAAUAGGAAUUUUCAAUUUCUCAUCUAAUACUUAUGAUUCAACUUCAUUUAGAGGAACUAAUUUAUCCAUCACUUGUUCGGAAUUGAUUGCAAAUUGCCUACUUAUCGCCAGUGAUAGAGGUGAUCUAAUAAGGAUCAAGCUUGAAGGCAGCGGUGAAAUCAAUGCUCUCAACUACUUUUCUGUAAGAGAAGGCGUAUCCAUAGUUUGCGUCAAGUCCAUUGCGAACAAGAUAUUCUUGGCCACCAAGACUAGUAUUUUCAUUCUUGACGACACCUUAAGACUCAAAAGAAAAGUAAAUUACAAUGAUCAAAUUCAGAAGAUAUACGUAAUUGAUUCGAAUAAUGCUGUCAUUGUUGGUUUGAGAAAAAUUUCAUUACUACAGCUCAUUGACAGUCAGCAGCAAUUUAAAAAGUUAUUAUACUUUAAUGACAACAUAACUAACCAGUAUUCUAUAAUUUUUCUGGGCAAUCUUAUAGUAAACGAAUCUAAUUCUUUGAUAUUGGUCUAUAAUCUUACGUCAUUGCAGUUCUUUAAAUUUUGUUUGAAUCUUCAAAGCAAUGAACGUUUAUCAAAUAUCUUUACAAUAGAGGAUGCGUUUAUAGUGUUCCAAGUAAACGGAACCUUCACUAGGUUUAUCGUUUAUCGUAUAUAG